AACAAGGACAUACGAUUAUUGUAUUCUCAGAGAAAACAGCAAAGUAAGCUUUCUACACCUUCAAAACGUGUAGAUAUUCUAAAAGCUAAAUAAAAUAAAAAAAAUAGAAAAAGCAAUUCAGUUGUAGUUUGAAGCACAUGCACAAAACUAACUCUUAGAAUGGGACUGUCGAAACUUUAGAAGAAAUCAUAGCUUUAGUUACACUUUGUUUCCUUUUCAUUUCAGCAGCAGAUUGUUUGUGGUUCGGUUCGGUGUGGACUGGGCCGUCGGUAGGAGGAGUUCUGGGGGAGAGUAGAGAGGGAGUGUGGUUGUUGUUGAUGUCUGUGUGCGAGGGGGGGGGGGCGUCUUGGAAGACUUUCGGGGGGUCUAUAAAGUCGUGCCGCCGCUGUGAUGACCGCUGCACUCACAAUGAUGAUGAUGGACUUCAUGGAGGACAAGUUUGGCUUGAAGAACCAGGCCAUGAAGGCCGCGGACUACUUCAUGGAGCCGGCUAUGGAGAGUCUGGAAGGCGGCGUCUACUUCGCCAAGUCUCCCCCGAAAUGCGCGCAGGCCUUUGGCGAACACCGCGUCUCCCCUCGCUCGGACCAGCACGGCGGCUACGGCGCAGCCAAAGCGGAGGAGCUGCCCGGCUCGGCGGCGUCAUGUUGCCGCGGCGACGAUGCGGACGAGUCGAUGGCGGACAAGGGCGACGACAAGGUGACGAGCAGCAAGAAGCGACGCCACCGGACCACCUUCAGCAGCGCGCAGCUCGACGAGUUGGAGAAGGUCUUCCAGAAGACGCACUACCCGGACGUGUACGUGCGCGAGCAGCUGGCCACCAGGACCGAGCUGACCGAGGCCAGGGUGCAGGUGUGGUUCCAGAACAGAAGAGCCAAAUGGAGGAAGCGGGAACGUUAUGGACAAAUCCAACAAGCUAAAAACCACUUUGCCUCCGCCUACGACUUGUCUGUGCUGCCUCGCACCGACGGCUACGGGCAGCAGAUUCCAAACAACUUGUGGUCCGGUGCCCCUCCGGCAGGUCCCGUGGUGUCCCCCUGCAUGCUGCCCCGCGGUUCACCCCCCUGCGUGGCCUCCUACUCCCCGCGCUCGGCCUCUUCCGCCGCCGGGGAACACGGCUACUUCUCCAACCAGCAGAACCAGUUCGGCCAUGUCUCCCUCAACAACUUCUGCGGCGACCCACUUCUCUCGCCGGCCGCCAACGGCCACCACGCCUUCGAAACCAAGCCCGAGUUUGAGAGGCGCUCGUCCAGCAUUGCCGUGCUGCGCAUGAAGGCGAAGGAGCACGCCGCUAACAUCUCCUGGGCCAUGUGAUCCCGCUUCUAGACCCAAAGACACUUGGACACUCAAACCAAAGAAACAUUUUUGAAGCUCAGGAGUGACGUGGGCUCAAUGCUUGGGCUCACAAAACCCACUCUCAUCUUUUAAUGGUCACAUGUUGACCCACUUCUAGAACCAAAGAAAGAUUUACCAACUAGAACCAAAAAAACCACCCAGGGCUCAAGAUUCAGGUGGACUCCAGUUAUCGCACAGGAAGGAAAUAUAAAAAGACGUGUUUGGAGACACAGUUGGACAUGCUGAUACAAGUUGGCAAAGGCUGACCCGCUUCUGGAACCAAAGAAACUUCUAGAGCCAAGGAAUGAUGUGGAACCAACUUAACACACAUGAAGGAAAUAGUUCUUGCACAUGAAUGCAAUAAAAAACACGCUGUUGUGAUACCACGUUUGGACCCUUGGAAUGCGCCCGCGUGUUGACAUGGUCGCAUGCUGACUCGCUUCGAGAGCCGAUUGCCGAUGUAACUUUGAGCCACUUCUAGAACCUAACGAAACACUUUUGAGGCUCUGGGGUGAUGAAGACUAGUGAACGCAAUAAAUAAAAUUCCACUGCCAGAGUUUGGAGACGGAUGUGAUACCACAAUUGGACGCAAUGAGCUGCUUCUAGAAACAAAGGAACACUUUUGAGAAUGAUGUGCACUCAAGGCACCAGAAUGAAAUCAAAGACACCACUUGUGAUUGGAGGCAGAUGAGAUCACAAGUCUGGACUCACGGAGUGCGCCGUGUGUUUUUGCCGCAACUUGAAUUAAAAACAUGGACCUGCUUCUGGAAACAAACAAACACGGUUCCACUUCUGAGGUAUAAACAAAACCUGUUUCUUGUUUCUGUAAAAAUAUACUGGCCAAACUCUGGAACCAAAGAAACAUUAACCUGCUUCUGCUUCUAAAAAAAAAAAAAAAAAAACUUGUCUGCGGGGAGAAAAAAAGUGCACUUGUGGAAAAAAAAAUCUAAAUUGUGUUCCAUUUUUGUCACAACAACAGCAACAACAAAAACAUUCACCUUUUGACCUCCCACCCACAAGCUCCUAAAUACUGACCUACUUCUUCAACCAAAGAAAUGCUACCUACUUCUAGACUAGAACAAAAUAAAUGAAAAAACAAACAAAGGAACGAAAAAAAUAAAUAAAAUACUAUACCCUACCUCCCAAUAAAACCCCCAAAACAUUAACACGUUUGGAGCAAAAAACACACUUACGGUAACAAUGGCGCUGACCAAACCAAAGCAAAAACACAAAGACCCAUUUCUAGAAGAAAAUUAAAAAAAAACUGACCAACUUAUUGGUCAUUUUCAGGAUUUCAGAAUGUGAUUUUUCAAACGACGAAUGACAUGUUUGCUGAAGUUGAGCUAACUAUUAUAGCAACCUUCGUGAUUUUGUGGCAUCUUUUUCUGCUUUUAGGCUGGCCUGGCCUGGCCUGAGUGUCAAUCGCUCAACAGAACUCUGGAUAUGUGAUGUUAAUAUUCCUGUGCCAAAGUGAAAUAAAUGCCAAUGACUUCA